AAAAAACCAACACCAACACAAGAAAACUUCCGAAAUCCCUUUUCCAUCUCUCUCACACACACUAAGAUAAAAUCUCUUCUGCACGGCGUAAUCAAAGCGGGUUCUUGGUGUUUUUCUCUCAUUCUACACUCUGCGAUACCAUCUCGUAGUAUAUACCUACAUGCUCGCUGUAUCUAUUGUAUCUGCGUCCCUCAUAAAAGCCAAUUGAAACCUUUGGGUUUCUUUCGUAUUUCACAGAUAAACAAAUUUCAAAUUUCCCAUUUGUAAUCAAUCUCUAAAUCGCACUGACAGACAAAAGAGCAGAGGCGGCGUCUUAGGGUUUUUUCGGGUUUUCGUUUUAAUCCAAGCCGUUAAGGAUGAUAUAAGACGGUUUUGGUUUCCUGGGGGUGCUUAUUGAACCUGUUUAUGAGACGAAGGUCUUGUAAGUUUGUUCAAUCGUGAGUUAUGGAAGCCUUCUGAAUACUGAGAAGCUUUUGUUGAUCUUUGUUCUUGAUCGGAAUUUGGAACUGGAACCACAGUAUAUACAAAGUGUUAGGGAGAUAAAGAGCCCUAUUUUACAGUGUAGUUGAUAGUUCAGGAUUCUUUUAUUGGACAGUGGUGGUGGUGCUCUUCAAGGGUUAGAAAUUUACUUUGGAACCUGUCAAUGGUGUUGAUGGUUGGAAUAAACUGAUUAAAUUGAUUAUCUUGAUUCAUUAAUCGACAGCAAAUUGGGAUUUAGUUGGAGGAAAAGGUGGAAGUAUUUGAGAGUUAUUUCUCUGAUGCAUGUUGAGGCUUUUAUGUUUGCUUCUUAUGAUGUUUAAUACCAAUUAUGGAAAGAACUGAGCCAACAUUUGUGCCGGAAUGGUUAAAGAGCAGUGGAGGCUCAAGCACAACAUCCCACCAAUUUACAUCAUCUUCAUUGCACCCUGAUGAACAAGGCUCAUCAAAGUCCGGGAGAAAUAAGUCAUCAGUUAAUAGCAGCGAUAACGAUUUAGGACGUACUUCUGUUUCAGAUCGAACAACUUCCUCAUAUUUCCGCCGCACUUCCCUUGGUAAUGGUUCGACUCAUCUACGGUCUUACAGUAGUUUUGGUCGAAACCAUCGUGAUAGGGACUGGGAUAAGGACAUAUAUGAGUUUUGGAGUAAAGAAAAGUCAGACAACAGACAUCGGGAUUAUUCUGAUCCUCUAGAUAACAUUUUGCCAAGUAGGUUUGAGAAGGACGGGUUAAGGCGGUCACAUUCAAGUGUAUCCGGAAAACGUGGAGAGUCAUGGCCCAGAAAAGUAGUAAGCGACUUGAGCAUUGCCAACAAAAGUAGCCACAGCAAUGGCACUGCUUUACUUUCUGGUGGUAGUUCCCUUAGCAAUGUGAAGACAUCUUUUGAGAGGGAUUUUCCAUCUCUUGGAGCAGAUGAAAAACAAGCAGAUCCUGAUAUAGGAAGGGUCCCAUCACCUGGAUUGAGCUCAGCCAUUCAGAGUCUGCCAAUUGGUAACUCAGCUGUGAUUGGUGGUGAUGGGUGGACCUCAGCACUGGCUGAGGUGCCUGUAAUUGUUGGUAGCAAUGGAAAUAGCACCUCUGUUUCACAACCUGUUCAACCAACUUCAAUCACUGCAACUACAAGUAUGACAGGAGGUCGCAAUAUGGCUGAAACCUUGGCGCAUGGUCCUCCCCGUACUCAGACUGCUCCCCAGUUGACUGUUGGAACUCAAAGGCUCGAAGAGCUUGCUGUUAAGCAGUCCAGACAGUUGAUUCCCAUGACUCCUUCCAUGCCUAAAGCCUUGGCCUUGAGCUCUUCUGAUAAACCAAAAUUGAAGAUUGGGCAAUCACAGCUUGUCAACCAUCCACACACUCCUCGACCGCUCUCUGUGAAGUCUGAUGUUUCAAAGACGUCUACUGUGGGAAAACUUCUUGUUCUUAAGCCCUCACGAGAAAGGAACGGUAUCUCACCGACUGCAAAGGAGAGUUUGAGCCCAACAGGUGGUAGCAAAUUACCAAAUAGCCCACUUGCUGUACCCUCAGCCAUUGGAUCUGCUCCACUGAGAAACAUGGGUAACAAUCCAGGCGUUACUGCCGUGGAGCGAAAGCCUAGUGUGGCUACUUUGGAGAAGAGACCUUCAUCGCAAGCUCAGAGCCGAAAUAACUUCUUUAAUCUUAUGAGGAAGAAAUCCAUGAUUAGCAAUUCUUCUGUUGCCCCUGAUACUGGUUCUUCUGUCUCAUCAAGUGAAAAGCCUGGUGCACCCGUCGCCCCUCCUGCCCAUCUGGGUGGGUCUGAAUCUAAUACCACGGUGGAGACUAAGGUUGAUUUGACCUGCAAGGGUGAUGCUUGUGUUGCAACGGUGAGAUCUACUAAUAAUGGGAAGAACCAUUCAGGCCCUGAUGCUGUUCUUUGUUCAGAAGAGGAAGAGGCUAGGUUUUUACGUUCUCUGGGAUGGGAUGAAACUGCUGAGGAGGAGGAAGGCCUCACCGAAGAGGAGAUUAGUUCUUUCUACAGAAAUUAUCUGAAUUUAAAGCCGACAUCAAAAAUUUUGAAGGGGACAAAGCCGAAGCCAUUAAUGGAGAUUUCUUCCGACUCUAAGCUGGACUCUUGAGUUACCAUGGUAGCAGGAAGGCGUUGAUUUUCGGCAGGCUUUGUUUUUGUUUGUUUUCAUCUUUGGGAAAGAGAGGAAGGGAAUUGGGAAGUUUUGAAAUCCUUGCAGUCGAGUACAUAACAUAUUGGUCCAGAAAAAAAGGCUUGAACUUUGCUUUGAAGGUGUUAUCCCCCUCCCUUACUUUUAUGGGUUGAGAUAGUAGUGACAGACUAGGGUUUAGGGAUUUACAACUGGUUGUGCAAAAAAAAUCUGGGGUUUUGUUGGUUUUACUUUUUUUCUUUUCUUUUCCUUUCCUUCUUGAGAGGGAGGGAUUCAGCUGAAUUCAACAAAAAAUAGCUUAUGAUGGUUUAUUAGGCAUUUUCAUGAAAGAGAAUAUUAGGUUUUACAUG